AUGGAGCCCUACGACGACGGAUUUAUUGAGGAGCAAGAAGAGCAGGAGGAAGAGCGCACCGAGGAGAAAGUCAUUAAUGAAGAAUACAAAACCUGGAAGAAGAAUGCGCCUUUCUUAUAUGACAUGAUUCUUAGUACGGCAUUAGAAUGGCCUACUCUUACAACACAAUGGCUACCUGACAAGCAAGAGGUCCCCGACAAGCCGUAUUCAACUCAUCGAUUGCUGCUUGGUACACACACCUCAAGUGACGCGCAAAACUAUCUACAGAUUGCUCAUGUGCAACUUCCCAACCCUUCGGCUCCUAAUCCAGACGACUACGACGAGGAGCGUGGGGAAAUUGGUGGCUAUGGCGGUAGCUCUAAAAAGGCCCCGAUGGAAAUUAAGUUCAACAUUGUCCAGAAGAUUGAUCACAAAGGCGAAGUCAACAAGGCGCGGUAUCAACCUCAAAACCCCAACGUGAUUGCCACUAUGUGUACGGAUGGAAGGGUGAUGAUUUGGGAUCGCUCGAAACACCCCAGUCUACCUACGGGCACAGUGAACCCUCAAAUGGAGCUUCUAGGUCACACGAAGGAAGGAUUUGGUCUUAGUUGGAGCCCACACACCGCAGGUCACCUCGUCACUGGUAGUGAAGACAAGACUGUCCGACUCUGGGACUUAACGACGUACACGAAAGGCAAUAAGGCGUUGAAGCCAACUCGCACAUACACCCAUCAUUCGUCGAUUGUUAACGAUGUUCAGUAUCACCCACUCCAUUCGUCUCUCAUUGGCACAGUGUCCGACGAUAUUACCCUUCAAAUCCUUGACAUACGAGAAGCAGAAACAAGCCGUGCGGCAGCUUCUGCAGAAGGCCAACAUCGUGAUGCAAUCAACGCAAUUGCGUUCAACCCUGCUGCAGAAACCGUUCUCGCGACAGGCUCAGCUGAUAAAUCCAUUGGCCUCUGGGAUCUGCGUAAUCUCAAGACUAAACUGCACACACUCGAGUGCCAUACCGACUCCGUAACUUCCUUGUCUUGGCACCCAUUCGAGGAAGCUGUCUUGGCGAGUGCAAGCUAUGAUCGUAAAAUUAUGUUCUGGGAUCUUAGCCGAAGUGGCGAGGAGCAAACCCCUGAUGAUGCACAAGAUGGCCCCCCUGAGCUCCUCUUCAUGCACGGCGGCCAUACCAACCGUAUCUCUGAUUUCAGUUGGAACCUUAAUGACCCAUGGGUUUUGUGUUCUGCCGCUGAAGACAAUCUGUUACAAGUGUGGAAGGUUGCUGAUGCCAUUGUUGGUAAGGACUUGGAGGAUGUGCCAACCGAGGAAUUGGAGGCCUGA